AUGGCAGUUAAUAACGUGAGUCUUCUGCUUCAAUCCACUCAACUCACUCUCGAUGAUGAAGUAAAGAUUCUAAAUGGCCUUUUGAUGGAUCUCGAUCGAAUCCGUCUGUCUUGGGACCUGAUUUUGAUAGAGGCAACAGAAGUUGCAAAGAACUUGAAAUUUGAUAAAAUAAUGUUUACUGUGAAGAGAACGCGAAAAAAGAUCAUCCCAGAUGAAACUGCUGGUUACAACCACGAAGAAGCAUCAAAAAACUUUGAGUGUAAUGUCUUCAAUGUUGCACUCGACAAUCUGACUAGUCAAAUGAGAUCAAGAUUUAAAAAAUCUCAAACAGACCAAGAACUAGGUUUAAAUGCUGAGAAUCUGGCUAAACUUUACCCAGAAGACUUAUGUAAAAACGAAUUUUCUGAUGAAGUUCGGCAUUUUUUUUCCGUAAGAAGAAAUAUUCUAGCCAGCGAAAAGCCUGUCGAACUUCUAAAUGAAGUUUAUGCAAAGGAGCUGCAUUUAAUAUUUCCGCAAGUGUGUGUUUCUCUUAGAAUCUUUCUAACAUUGCCCGUUUCAAUAUCUGAAGGAGAAAGAUCUUUCAGCAAGUUAGCUAUCAUCAAAGAUUAUCUUCGUUCCACAAUGGGCCAGGAGCGAUUGUGCUACUUGAUGAUCCUUUCAAUCGAAUCAGAUUUAGCCAUUAACGUUAAUUAUGAAGAAGUUAUUUCAAAUUUUGCUGCUAAGAAGGCCCGGAAGAUGUGUUUGUCAAUUAAGAAUUGA